UUUUAUGUUGCAUCUCCUCGAAACAAGGCGCGGAUCCGUCGCUAUCACAGCAAAUUGUGACAAUGAACCGUGGAUCGAUUUGGUUGGUCGCCCUCUGCACUUUUUUUGCUCCGAUCUCUGCCAAAUUGAGUGAAGAAGAGUGGAGCGAAGCUAGAAAGAAAAUCAACUUAACUGAUUGUUGGAAUUAUGGGAAAAACUUAUUCUUUCCAGCACCAGUUUUCAGUUUAACUGAUGGAGAAAAUCUGAGUUUCAAAGAUUGCGGCCGUUGGGACUUGAGCGAAGAAAGUCAAACGCCUCCGUGGCAUUUAUACUUCAAAUUUAACGAUGCUUUUCAUGGUUGGGGCGUUCUUCUGUCGGAUCAGACAUUUGUCAUGAACUAUGAAUCCGAUGCUCUUUACAACAGUUUUAAAAAUAGAGCGGAAAUUAAAUUAUUUGGAGGCGAGUGCGUCGAUGAGGAGGACGAAGAGACGUGCUUGAAGAAACGAGGUUUGCUCAGCCAAAAGUUGCUUGGGGUAAAAAAAGUGGAAGUGCGGCACGGCAGAUAUUUCUCGAAAACCAUCACCGUUUGGCGAAUCGAGAAAGUGACACUAACGCCGAGUUUGCAGCCGGCCUGUUUGUGGAACCGAGACAACCAGGACAACUCGAAUCAAACCAUUUUCAAUUUCGACGGACAAGCAAGAGGACCAAUGUUUCAAAAAUCGGAUUUUGUACCUGAGGAAACGUGUUACAGAAGAAGUAAUAUUGACAAAUGGGAGUGCGACCUGUACGGGAAAUCGAUUUGUUCCUCGUCACUCAUUAAAAAAGUUGACUGGCCCUCGUAUUUGUUCAUCGAGCGUGAUGGUCGGUUUUAUUUGCGCGCGGUGGGUCCUUCGAUCUUCUAUGAACCUGUCAAGUGGCUCGAUCUUUUGCCCGCAACAAAGCAAAUCGUAUCGGCGUCCGUCGACCUUGGAUUAAUGCCCGAAAUCCCCAGACUCAAAACCAGAACAGGUUUUGGGCCCGACCAGAGCUUUCCCGAAUGCGGAAUUAAAGCGAACCAGGAAUAUUUUCUGUCAGAAGAAGGAGAUUUUGAUGACUCGACUUUUGAUGGGCGAAUCGCGGAGCAAGGUGGACACCCUUGGCACGUCAGUCUGACUCGACGCACUGGCAAACAACCGUUGAUCGAUUUCUGCGGAGCGACCAUCAUUUCCAGAAAGGCCCUUCUCACAGCGGCACAUUGUUUUUACGGCAAAAAUGGAUUUCGUUUCAGAGCGAGAGACGUAGACGUAACUUUCGGAAUGUAUAAUCGCUCUUCGGAUGCUCGCGAUGGUUUGCAACAAGAAUUGCAGGCUUACAGGGUUUUGGUGCACCCUGGCUACAACCACAGCAGAGGCGACUUUAAAGAUAACAUUGCCCUCGUCAUCUUAAGCGACGAAGUUCAGUUCAGUGAAGACGUGCGGCCCAUUUGUCUUUGGAACUGGAACUACGGUCUUGAUAAAAUCGUCAACAGGACGGGCACGGUGGUCGGCUGGGGAUUAACUUCAGAUGUACAGACUGAGCCAGAAAUUCUGCAGGAGGCGAAUAUGAAAGUGAUUUCCUAUGAGGAUUGUUACGAGAGCAGGCGCCGCUUUUUUUCACUGAACCUGCGCCCGAGAGAAAACUUUUGCGCCGGUUUUCCAGACAGUCAAAGGGGUGUGUGCGUAGGAGACGGUGGCAGUGGAUUUUCGCUCUUCAACCAAAGGUACCAACGCCACUUUCUGCGCGGCGUCCUCGGUGUGGGGCCCACGAAAACGGUGACCAGGGCAGAUGGAAACGUGACCAAGGUUUGCAACCCCAAUCUGUACUCGUUGUUCACCGACGUCACCAACUACUUGCCUUGGAUAGUUGACAACACCCCUGAUAUUCAUCCUUUGAGUGCUUGAUAUUGUGAAAAUACUGCGACCAAUAUUGUUAUUUACUAUUUAUUUUACUGUACGACUUCAUAAAAAUAAUAUUUAUGC